AUGGCUCCCCGUGCUGUGCACUUCAUCCGCCACGCCGAAGGCUACCACAACGCAGAACACAACGAGAAGAUCCCCGACCCCGACCUCACACCGAAAGGCAAACAACAAUGCAAAAACCUUUCGGAAACAUUUCCAUUCUUUGACCGCAUCGACCUAGUCUGCGCAAGCCCCAUCCGCCGCACCAUCCAAACGGCUCUCAUCAGCAUGGAGCCGUGGUUACAAUCCGGAAAGCGCAACAUCCUCGCUCUUCCCUUAGCCCAAGAAGCUACAUCUGAGCCAGCCAACACACCAAGCGAUGUAAAGCGACUUCAGAAGGAAUUCGGCGAUGUAUGCGACUUCCACAGGUGCCUGGACACCUACACCGACUUCAACACCAAAGAGGGCAAAUGGGCACCAGAUGGCGGUUCACUAAAGGCGCGCGCCUUGGAACUUCGCCGCUUCUUGCGUGACCGUGACGAGGAGGAGAUUGUCGUGGUGUCGCACGGCGACUUCCUGCACUACGUAUCUGGGGAUCUAGAUGAAAACGAUUGUCAGGCACAUGGAGAUUGGCAGAACACGGAAAUGAGAAGCUAUCGCUUCUUUCCGGUUGAUCAUGAGGAUGCGCUAUUGCAGGAGACAGAUGAGAGUGUCAAACUGAGGGAUGCGAGUGCGCCGGGACAGGCCAUGGGAUCGGCUAAGGAGGGCACGCCGUGA